AAUCCCAACCCUAACAUAUCAACAAUAUUUGCUCUACCACAAAUCCAUAUGGCCACUUAUAUUCCUAUUGACAUGCCCUAUUUCUACUUGCCAUUCUUCAUUUGCUUUAUCUUUGCCUUCCUUGUCCACUUCUUCAUCAAAAGCUAUAUGAAACCAAAGCCUUCAAGUCAAGACCCACCUAGUCCACCAGCCCUACCCAUCAUUGGUCACCUCCACCUCAUUGGCUCUGUCCUCCCCACGUCCUUCCAAACACUAGCUCGCCGCUAUGGCAUCCCUCUCAUGCAGCUACGCCUCGGAGCUGCCACAUGCAUUGUGGUUUCAAGUGCUGAAGUUGCCAGAGAAAUCUUCAAGACUCAUGACAUCAUAUUUUCUUCGAGGCCUGAAUUUGGUUCCUCCGAGCACUUCAUUUAUAGAGGCUCUCGAUUUCUCUUGGCUCCCUACGGAGAGUACUGGCGGUUUAUGAAGAAGCUUUGCAUGAAUAAGCUUUUGGCUGCCCCACAACUCAAUUUAUCCGUUGAUAUUCGCUCGGAGGAGGUGGCGAAUCUUGUGGAGAAGGUAACAAAGAGGGCAAGAGAGGGACAACCUUGCGAUUUGAGCAGUGAACUAACGACCUUGACGAACAAUACGAUAUGUAGGAUGGUGAUGAGCACGAGAUGCUCGGGAAGUGACAAUGAGGCGGAGGAGAUUAAGAAGCUCAUUGAUGAGUGCAUGAAGCUUGGAGCCAAGUUGAGUGUGGGUGAUGUGUUGGGGCCUCUCAAGAUAUUUGAUUUCUCCGGUACUGCGAAGAAGCUUGGAUCCGUGUUACAGCGGUUUGAUGGGCUGGUGGAGAGAAUCAUGAAAGAGCAUGAAGGAAGGUCUGAAGUAGGAGAGCAAGGGAGAGAUUUGAUGGAUAUACUGUUGGAGAUAUAUAGAGACCCUACUUCUGAAGUGAAGUUAUCAAGGAAUGACAUUAAGUCCUUCUUGCUUGACAUAUUCAUGGCCGGCACUGACACGUCAUCAGCAGCCAUGCAAUGGGCCAUGGGAGAGCUCCUCAGUCAUCCACAAGCUUACAAGAAGCUCAGGGAGGAGAUCGAUAUGGUUGUGGGGGUUAAGAGGUUGGUCAGAGAAUCAGACAUCCCAAAUCUCCCUUAUCUUCGAGCUGUUAUCAAGGAAACCCUAAGGCUUCACCCUUCAGGACCUUUCAUCAUUAGGGAAUGUGGUGAGGACUGCAAGGUAUAUGGUUCAAUUGUUAAGGCAAAAGCACGCAUCCUAAUCAAUGCUUAUGCAAUCAUGCGCGACGCAGAUUUGUGGACGGAUCCAGAUGAGUUCAUACCAGAGAGGUUUCUGGAUAGUUCAGACGAGAAAAUUGGAGAGCAUCAAAUGGAGCUGAAGGGCCAGAAUUUUCGAUACGUCCCGUUUGGAAGCGGGCGGAGAGGUUGCCCUGGUGCAUCUCUUGCUAUGCUGGUGAUGCACUCGACGAUUGCAGCCUUAGUACAGUGCUUUGAUUGGAAAGUCAAGGAUGGGGAGAAGAUUGAUUUGGAAUUAGGGUCAGGGUUUGCAGCAGAAAUGGCAAGACCACUUGUGUUAUACCCUAUAGCACGUCUCAAUCCGUAUUAAGCAUAUGUCAUUGUGGAAUAUUUCAAAUAAAAAGGUGUUUUGUAUGAAGGGCUACUUAUAUAUAUGCGUGUGUGUGUGGGUUAAGUUUGGUUAUUGUAAAGAUUGUUUUAUUUUAUCAAAUACAAAUAAGUAAUAGGAAAUUGUUAUUCAGUAGUACA